CACUGGCUGGCAGCCAAUGCUAUAAAAGGGAACGCAGCUGAUAUUCUGAAACAGUAGAUCGUCGACCUUCGGUAGAUCAUCUUGAAUACAUACAGUAGCCGAUCGGCGUGGUCUCUUAGGAACUAAACGUUAUUAAACUUCAUCAAUAUGUUAUCUUACUUGUGUCUAGAUUUAAUACUUUCUAUAGUUGCCGCAUCGCUGAUUCUCAUCGCUGCAUUCCCACAAAGAGAUGAUAUCGUCUUUGACGGACCAGUCGCUACCAGGUCACCCAAUGGAGAACGAAGAAUUACAUCAACAUCCACAACGACUGUGGCAUCUAGGAAUGAGAAUGAUAGGACUACGACUCCUCAAUCCGUGAAUCAAUUGAAUGCGUGCGUCGAUUCUUGCCCAGUAACACAUGAAUACAAUCCUGUUUGCGGUACGGACAAUGUUGAUUACACCAAUCCAGGAGGACUGGGUUGUGCGCAAAGGUGUGGAAAAGAAGUGACAUUAAGAUAUUAUGGACGCUGUUCAACAAGCACGAGUGGAUGAUUUAUAACCAUCAUUAAACAAUACAAUUUACAAUAAUAUCAUUCUAAUGAAAUAGUAAAAGAUUGAUUAUCUAGAAAAUGGAAGAAAAAUACACAUAUUUACACAUAGCAUAUAUGCACACAUAUUACAAAUAUAUUCAUCCAUUUUAAGCAAAA